CACAAGCAAACAAUCUUUCCUAUUCUUGGACAUCACCGCCCAAUUAUCCUUAGCAAGAACACAUAUAACGUUCACAAACUUGAGUAGGACCGGUCGAGCCAAAUCGUUCUCUCAUCGACCAUGGCCUCCUUCUCAUUCCGCUCCAGCUCGCCCCGUCUCCUCCCCCUCGCGCGCACGGUGCUUGUACUGGUAGUUCUGUGCGUCGUUGUCCCUGCGCCUGCCACCGCCGUCGAUGGCUGCAACCUCACCGCCGGGUUCGUGAAGGUGGACCUCCCGGAGGGCAACUUCGUUGUGCAGAGCCCCUACAACGUGCCGGAGGACCAGCGCUACCGCUACGACGUCACCACCGGCGUGCGCACGUUCUGGGUGCACGCCGACGACAAGCCCUUCAACACCGUCACCGCCACGCAUCCCCGCACCGAAGUCCGGCUCACGUAA